CAAUCAUUGGCAAGGCUCGAUAAUAGGCCAUUUGCUCCAUCCAUAUACCCCGAUGUAUAUGGAUUCAGGGAUGAAUUUUCGGCUGUGUCAGAAAUGGCACCAGAGUUAUAUCCUGGAUUUUUAGAGCGAAGCAUGCUCUUCCCCCUCGAUAGCGAGAAGGUGUUAAUCGGCCAAAGCAUGAUGGGGUACGACAACUUCCCAACAUAUGCUGCACCAAUUUACGAACCUUUCGAAGUCCAGAACGCCCCAAUGAAUGAGCCACCAGACCUAGAACUUGACACAUACUCGCCGAAACAGACUUCUCGGUCUCCAAGAUCCAUGGACUUCGUGGUGCCCUCUCAGACAACUUUCGCUGAGACGUAUGAUAUGCAUUCUCAAAUGGGUGCGGUCAGACCAAUUGAUAUGGAUAGCCCGAAUUCGGACUAUACCACGGACUCCCUGAUAAAUUCACCGGCUCGCAGCGCCAACUUCUCGACGCUGUCUUCAGACGACUCUAAGUCGUUUUCAAUAACACCAUCGAAAUCUCCCCAAUUUCACCAGCGGAUGUUUGAGCCACUUCAAAGCUCACCAGCCUUGCAGCGUAUUCAAACAGAUGGGCAUACGUUGAAAGAAUUGCGAAAGCAGAAGGCGAGACGCAACAGUGACAUGGUGCCUGUACCCGGCCAUAUACGUGUGCAGAACAGAGCAAUCAAGAAAUGUAGAUGGCCAGGCUGCAACGGGAAAUUUCAACGACAAGAGCACUUGAAACGGCAUGAGAAGACGCAUACCAACUCCGAGACGUACAUGUGCCAAUUCUGCGACAAGCCAUUCGGACGAUCGGACAAUCUCAAGUCACAUACCCGGCUUCACGCCAAUCCCAGCAAGAAGUCGUCCAGGACGAAGUAUUUCCCCCAGGCUCGGAAGGCUUACGAGGAAAUGACUCGGAAGCCCCGUAAGAUAGGGGACUUGAAUACCGGUAGUUCGAAGGCCCAGCCAGAUACUCCCACCACGCCUCGGUAGCGGUCACGUGGCUAAGACUAUUGACCCGGACCCCCCGAUGUCCCCGGUAUAUCUCGCUCAAGCGGCCAAACCCUAGGUACCGUAGGAUCUGGGCAACAUUUGUGAACAAGCUAUGAUCAACGACAAACGAACUCACGAAGCGGAAAGAUGGGAUGUGAAGAUGGAUUGAUGAUGGACGAAGAUCGGAAAGGCUUUCCUUCUGGUGUGUUUGGCGCUAGCAAACCAAGCGAGUGCCCCUUUUCCGCCCUCGGCAAUGCUCCUUUCUAUGUCGCCGCCAUUAUCAAGUAUAAUGAUUGUUAGAAACGGCAAAGAGGUGGCUGCAAAGCCUUAUAUGAUUAUUGGGUAUUGACGGAGUCUUUUUUUUUCCAUCGAUUUAUAGCAGGCUGCUACUACUACAGUAGCUUUUGUCAGUCGGUCUUAUCAGUGAGCAUUUUGAAGCGCAGCGAAUACUUGGAGUGAUUAUGCUC